CGCGACACCAGCAGUCCUCUCUAGCAUGGCCCCCACAAGGGUGGGGCUGGGUGGACCCCUGGGUCCAGGACCCGGGCCCUGUCUUGUUUAUUUAUCUCCGUGUGUGAGAUAAAUAUACAUACUCGCUGUGGUCAUUUUAAAGUAAAAUAAUUUCAUAAAUAAAGCUUAGUUUGGACUUAGAAAAUAGUAACCAUAUUAUUAUACCCUGUAUUUUCAGGUUAAAUACAUUCUAAAAAGAGUGUAGGUAAGAAAUAACCAUGCAAUUUUAUUGUAGCACGUGACUGUAAAUUUGAGGUGACUGUAAAUUUGAGGAGGGGAGGAGCGUCUCUGAUCCUCGGUCCAGGGCCCGUAAUCGAGUGUGGGGGCCAUGCUCUCUAGACAACCUGGAUUCAAGCCUGAGUGGACUCUCAGUGAUCCGUCUCAUCUGUCCGUCAGACAAUCACGCGACAUUCAGCCAAUCAGAUGGCCCCAAAAUAUUUCAUCUGCCCGGACGUCAAAUCUUAAAUUUUCGACGGACGGACGGAUGAAACUAUAACCUCAAAAAUGCCUGAAAGAUAUUGUUUUUAUUUCAAAAGGUACCUGGUGGCGUCGCGCGACCUGCGGCCCGGGGAGCUCAUCAUCAGCGAGGACCCCCUGGUGGUGGGGCCGUGCUACGACUGCCAGCCGCUCUGCGUGGGCUGCUACAGGAGGCUGGACCUCGCGGCGCAGGACUUCAGGUGCGAGAGGUGCGGCUGGCCUCUGUGCGCCGCCGACUGCCCGGGCAGGGGCGCCGAGCACGGACACAGCGGGCGGGAGUGCGAGGCGCUGGCCGCCAGCGACGCCCGCCGCCAUCUUGUCGAGGACCUGCGCGCGCAGUACCGCGCCCUCGUGCCGCUCAGGUGUCUGCUGCUGAAGGCCGGCGCGCCCGACAGGUGGCGCGCCCUGCGCGGCAUGGAGUCGCACGACGAGCUGCGCCGGGCCAUCCCCUCCAUCUGGAGCAGCAACCAGAGCGCCGUGGUGGACCGCAUCCGCCGCCUGUGGCGCGUGCCGGGCUUCGACGAGUCGGAGAUACACACCGUGUGCGGCGUGCUGGAGGUGAACUGCUUCGAGGUGGGCCAGGGUGGCGUGAGCAUCCGCGCCUUGUACCCCACCGCCUUCUACAUGGCGCACGACUGCGUCCCCAACACCAACCACACGGACGACGCCGGCUACCGCCUGUACGUGCGCGCGUCCACGCCCAUCAGGAAGGGCGAGGCCAUCACGCUCAGCUACGCCUACACGCUGCAGGGCACGCUGAAGCGGCGCGAGCACCUGCGCGACAGCAAGUUCUUCGAGUGCCGCUGCGCGCGCUGCAGCGACCCCACGGAGCUGGGCACCCACGCCGGCGCGCUGCUGUGCCCGCGCUGCCUCGCCGAGGGCUGCGUGCUGUCCAGCCGGCCGCUCGACGCGGCGGCGCCCUGGCGCUGCGCCCGCUGCCACGACUACAGCGUCGAGGCGCCGGCCGUCGGCCUGUUGCUCGACAGGAUAGGCGAGGAGGCGGAGGCCAUCGACGGCAACGACGUGGAGGCGCUGGAGAGCUUCCUGCUCAAGUACCGCAACGUGCUGCACGCCAACCACUACCUGUUCCUGGGCGCGCUGCACAGCCUGAGCCAGCUGUACGGCAAGGUGGACGGCUACCUCAUCGACCAGCUGCCCGAGCGACUGCUGCUCAGGAAGAGGGACAUCUGCCGCCAGCUGCUGGGCGUGUGCGACGUGCUGGAGCCGGGCUACACCAGGCUCAGAGGCACUAUCCUGUACGAGCUGCAUGCCCCACUGAUGGUGCUCCUCUCGCGGAGCCCCCGGUUCUCGCCGCAGCAACUCAAGGAGGUGAUGCGGUGUCUGGAGGAAGCAAGCGUCAUACUCGGCUUCGAGCCCCUCGGCUCCCCGGAGGGCGACAUGGGUGCGGCCGCCCGCCAAGCCCUCGCCCACCUCAGGAAGUCCGCACCCGACAUCUGAAGAGCAGCCGCACUCUUCUCUGGUGCACGCAAACAGUAUUACAUCUACAUAGCCUGCAAGUUACCGACAUUUAACACACACGUGCGACAUGCCACGUUACAAUCGGUGUCAGUGCGUGUGGAAUAUCAGUCACGGUAAAACUGAUGCAACAGUAUUUUCUUCCUAACAUGGUAGUAACCAAAGAUUUACAAGUGUUUGUCGAGUUAAUUUAAAUCAUGUAAUUCAAAGUAAGUAUAAGUAUGUACAUUAAUUUUUCUGUUCUUGUAUUGGAUUUCAAGUGAUAGCAUUAUCAACUUUAAAAUACAUAUUUUCAUAAAGUUUUGUUG